CGGAAGACAGGAAAAAGCCAUCACCUUCAGCUUCACCUCUAGCUUCUCUUCUUGGCUUUGGUGUUACUUGUGGUCCUUUAGCUUCCGCCCUCAAGCUUCCAAACAAGCAUGUUGCCGAGGAGUCGAACUCUACCAAGCAGAAUUCACCACAGUGGUGAUGAGAUAAGGGAUACUAGGCUCUACUUUCAAGUAGAUGUCCAACCAAAAGCCCACGGUGAAACUGAAGCCAUCAACCCUCAACCUGGAUAUUCCAAAUGCUUUGAUGAUGACGGCCGCGUGAAGCGGACAGGCAACGUGUGGACUGCAACGGCGCACAUAAUCACUGCUGUGAUAGGGUCAGGUGUGCUAUCAUUGGCAUGGGCCAUCGCGCAGCUUGGUUGGGUGGCGGGUCCCACCAUGAUGAUCCUCUUCGCGUUUGUCAUCCUCUACACCUCCAACCUCCUGUCCGAUUGCUAUAGGUCGGGGGACCCGAUCACUGGAAAGAGAAACUACACCUACAUGGAUGCUGUAAAGUCCAACUUAGGUGGUGUGAAGGUUAAAAUGUGUGGGUGCAUUCAGUAUAUGAAUCUGUUUGGUGUGGCCAUUGGUUACACAAUCGCAGCUUCCAUCAGCAUGAUGGCUGUAAAGAGAUCUAAUUGCUUUCAUAAGAAUGGGAAGAGUAAUCCUUGUCACGCGUCGAGCAAUGGAUACAUGAUAAUGUUUGGAAUCACAGAGGUGAUAUUCUCACAAAUCCCAGACUUCGAUCAGGUGUGGUGGCUCUCUAUUGUGGCAGCUGUCAUGUCUUUUACCUACUCCGCCAUCGGCCUUAGCCUUGGCGUCACCCAAGUUGCAGAGAAUGGAAGUUUCAAAGGGAGCCUUACAGGAAUCAGCAUAGGUGAAGUGACCUCAACUGAAAAGCUGUGGAGGAGUUUGCAAGCUCUUGGGGAUAUUGCCUUUGCUUACUCUUACUCUAUAAUCCUCAUUGAAAUUCAGGAUACGGUAAAAUCCCCACCGGCUGAGAACAAGACAAUGAAAAAGGCCACUUUGAUUAGCAUCUCACUGACAACCAUAUUCUACUUGCUCUGUGGAUGCAUGGGAUACGCUGCAUUUGGAGACAACGCGCCUGGAAACCUCCUCACCGGUUUCGGAUUCUACAAUCCCUACUGGUUACUCGACAUUGCCAACGUCGCAAUUGUUGUUCACUUGAUCGGAGCAUAUCAGGUCUUUGUCCAACCCAUAUUUGCAUUUGUGGAGAAAUGGUGUUCCCAAAAGUGGCCGAAGAGUGACUUCAUAACGCAUGAAUACGAAGUGCCAGUCCCCUUCUACGGAUCAACCUACCAGCUCAACCUCUUCCGGCUUGUGUGGAGAACCCUCUUUGUAGUCUUUGUCACUGUCAUCUCCAUGCUCAUGCCCUUCUUCAAUGAUGUCGUUGGGAUCCUUGGUGCUCUUGGGUUCUGGCCGCUUACCGUUUACUUCCCCAUUGAGAUGUACAUUGCCCAAAAGAAGAUCGGGAAAUGGACAGCUCGGUGGCUCGGGCUCCAGAUAUUGAGCUUCACUUGUCUGGUUAUUUCAUUGGCUGCCGCUGUAGGGUCAUUCGCUGGAGUCUUCCUUGACCUCAAAGCCUACAAACCAUUCAAGAACGCUUACUAAGGAGCCAAGUGGAGCAGGGAAUGCAAGUCUGUUUAGAAUCUUAGACAGCUCUCAUAGAGUUGGAGCAGUGUUGUGUAGCAUUUCAUGUAUGGAACAAUAAGCAGCAAACAAUACACUAGAAUGAAUCCAUGCAGCUGCAUUAUGUGUGUAUAAGGUGCCCAGAAGCAUUUUGAUCUGUUAAUGUGUUGCCAACCCAAGAAAAAAAAGGGUUCCAUACUCGAGUUGUUGGUCCUACCGCCUGUUUGCAUCAGUCUAAAUGUGUCUGGGCACCUUUUCUUUGAGAUAUGUGUGUAAGAUUAGGAUUUGCUUUUAUCUAUUGGUAAAAUAUAAGAGACUAUAUUUCUUGAGAAUAAAAAGAUUAUGUAGAAGAGGUGAGAGACCCAUCAAAA